AACAUUUUGUGUUGCCAAAUAUUUACAUAGGGGAAAAUCCGAUGCUUACCAUGUUGAAUAUUAAUCAACUCGUUAUUCUUGUGCAGAGAUUUGCUUUUUUUGUCUUGUGAAUAACAAUUGUUUCAAAAAAACAUUGUAGCAGCAAAAGCUCCUGGAAUUAGAGGCACUGCCUACCCAACAGGCAGACAUUUUACCAUUUAAGAAAUAAGGCUGAAUCUGAGUAUAAAUUAAGUUUGACCUGUUUAGAAUAAUAUUUCAAGUUACUGGGUGUAAGGAAGAAGAAAAUAAUACAAGAGUUCUUCUCUCAAGACUGCACCCUCCGUACGUAUUAAACAAAGAUGUGCACAAAGUGUGCGCCACAAACAAUCUGGCGUGGCGCUUUAAGAGGGAGUCAGAAGAAUCAAGACGUCAAGCACAAAAAACUUGGUCUAUUAUCACAUCUCAUAUCUAAUUGUUGUACACAAUGUUAUGACCACUAAGUGAAGAACAGGACAACUCAGAACAUUCUGUGGCCCUCUAAAAUGAUAUUAAUAAUAAUACAAGGUCAUAAAGUUGUUUACAGUAGAUUAACUAGUAAUUGGGGUGUAUUGCUGUUCUUUGGGUGUGACAUUUAAAUCAACCCACACCUGCAUGAUGCUUUUUUAAAAUCUCAAAACAAAAACAUAGCAGAGUAAUCACUUUUAAAACGAGCCGUGUUCGUGUUACUGACUUGUCUUCGCUCAUGUGAGUGGGAGGUUCGUCACCAUCUCGACUCUAAAAAUAAAUUGAUGACUAAGCGAAGGGGGCAAAAAAUACCGAUAAGUUACACCACAGAGAUUCAACAUGGAUUCCUUUGACCCUGACGAAACAACUUUAUCUGUUUUCGGUGGUCACCAUGUCCAGCCCUCUGCUCUGUUUAAUGCACAUUUAAAUCAGAAAUCAUGAGUCUAGCCUUUAAUAAUCUGAUCGAAAGUCCUCCUCCCUUUGUUCCCCUGCAGCUCUGGUAUGUUUGCACAUCACGUGUUUGACUAGCAACUGUAAAGGAGGAGGAGGAGGAGGAGGAGAAGCACACAGGCCACGUCCAGCCACAGGCAGCGGUGACAUCAUGUCAUGUCGCGCGUUGGUGAAGACGUAAGCAGUUCAGGAAAAACCAGUUGGGAGACAUUCUGUUUUCACCUUCCCUCCUUGUUUUACUGUCUCGCGCUUCCCAUCGUUCUUAAUCCUCUGACGGUAUCGGCGGUCGGUCGGGUCGACUCAGCUCCUGCCUGCGACGUGGACCGAGCUGAACAUGGACCACACUCAGUCUUUCUCAUCCCUCAACUCGAGGCUGAGGCCUCGAGUCACCAGCAACGAAAAGAUCUCCUCUCUGAACAAGCUGGACGACGGACGGGGCGCGUCACUCGGGAGGCAACGUCUCCACAGAACCACAUUCCUGCCCACAGAACCGGAACCAAAGGCCUCCGAAAGCGAACCUGAAGGCGUCACGCAGAAGCGGGAAGAGUCGGUCGGCGAUGAAGACAACUGUGCCGAUCGGAUAAACAACACCGUCUUCAUCACGAAGUUAAAAGACUCUGGAGAAGAGGCGGUGGAAGACAACAGAAGCGCGUCCUCGUCCGAGGAGAAAGACAACCCGGGGGAGCUGACCUCGGAGAGGUCAGGUCAUUCCUCACAGGGCAAAGCUUCGGACGGGGAAGGAGGGAGCCCCUUCGAGACGGGGCUCAUGAACGGGACUUUACCGGACUUGCUCAACGGCGGCAAGCUGCUCAGCAGACGGCGGACAGUGGGACACGUCUCCGAGACGCUCAAAGAAGUGCGCAGAGAGGUGGAGCUGUCUCGGAGACGAAGCAUCAGGCUCAAGGCGCAGGUGGACAAACUCCAGGGGAGCAAAGACGGACCGGGAUGGAGCAAGUCCAGAGAGAGGGUCAAAGAUGAGGUUCUGUCCAUUCUGCGGCUGCUGCACCCGCUCACAGAGGCGGGGUCCGGCAUGAGUCCUCAACCCUCUCCCGAGGACCAACACCUGGACACGUCUCUGGCCCAGCUGCAGAAUGUGGCCCGCGAACUGGCGAUCAGCCACACCAAACAGUUCAAAUCUGGAAAAGGAAAAGGAGAGGAGAGCGCCGUUCUGCAGCAGGCGCUACGGGACCGAGACGAUGCCAUCGAGAAGAAGAGGAGGAUGGAGGCCGAGCUGCUGCGGAGUAAAACAGAGAUGAUGUUGCUGAACAACCAGCUGCUGGAGGCCGUGCAGAAACGCCUGGCGCUGUCGCUGGAGCUCGAGGCCUGGAAGGAUGACGUUCAGCGGAUCCUCCAACAGCAGCUGCAGAGUCAGCAGCAGGCCGAGCUGGCCCAGAAAAAGCCCUCUCGCCUGGGCAUCCUGAGGAGGAACAUCAAGCCCCCCAUCCAGCGGCCAACAAACUUCCCCUGGCUUCAGCCCGUCUCUCCCGUCACCAACCCCAAGCAGAUCUUCAUCCCCAGAGCAGCGGUGCCCGUCGCCGCGCCCGCCUCCCCCAAACUAAACUGGAGGGACAAGCGGAGGAGGCCCAAGAGGUCCGAGAGUCCCGAUCCGGGCCAGAAUGCAGCGGGGCAGGCGGCGGCGGCCGGGGGCCAGAAGGAUGGAGCCGUCUUCCAGGUCAUAUCCCUCGAUUGAAACCGAAAGGACUUUGCACGUCGCCCAACUCCUCACGUCUCGUAGUCUGAAGUCCCCCUUCAGUCACACAUGUAUUUAUCUUAUCGUUACUGACGCCUGAAAGCUGUUUUCACAUUAAUCUGCUGGAGGGGGAAAGUUUCUCUGUGAUUAUUUAAAAUAGUUAACCAUCCUGUGUACGUAGAUAUAUGAUUUGUGACAUCACAGAUUGUAGUCAAUGGUGACUUACACCAACAGGAAGGCUCCAGUCGGGUUAUAGACUCGAUGAGGGGGAAGUAGAUGUCAAUCUAAGAAGUGUUAACAAGGUAAUUGGACCUCUUGAGAGGGGAUCUUAUAUAUACACUCUUGGGAAAACGUGCUUUGGCUCUUUGACUAUUGUAAUUUAUUUAUAACUGACCCAUCUAAUUGUUUAAUACCGUGACAGUUGAAUGCCUUACACUUCACUUUAGAGCUUUUCGAUGUCUUUUUAUUGUUGUAUUUUCAGGAUUCAAAAGAAAAAAAGCACAAACUUUGUCACAGAUUUGUCAUUUUAUUGUAUAAUAUUUUGUACAUUUUCAAUUAUAUAUAAUUAACCCACUCCUCC